AUGAUAUCAUGCCCUGGUGGUGAAAUUGUUGUAGCUGCUGUUGAGGAAAGCAGUGAAACUACUGAAAACUCGGGCAAUCCGGAUGAAGCUACAGUUGAGGCACCGGAGAUAAAGCUGGAGACAACACCUGCAGAUAUCUGUUUCCCAACUACAAAUCAAACAAGGCAUUGCUUUACCCGUUAUAUUGAGUAUCACCGGUGUGUACCUGCCAAGGGAGAAGGUGCCGCAGAGUGUGAUAAGUUUGCAAAAUGUUAUCGUUCUCUUUGCCCUGGAGAAUGGAAUGAGCAAAAGGAGAAUAGAACCUUCCCUGGUCCUCUGUAG